GUCCCAUCAUGAAUUCAGUGGAAAACUUUUAUCAGAGCAGGAGACACCAGAGGAGCGCAAAACUUCAUCUGACUUGAGAUUCAAACUCUCUCUUUCUCUUCAACAUCAGAUCAUAACCCGGAGCUCAUCGCGUUACUUUAACAACUAACCCACUCUAUUACUAUCACAUAAUGAUGUUUAGUUUAUUAUUUUGUCUGGUUUUAUUCGUUGGGUCAGUGCAGUCGGAUAAGCGCACACUGGAGAUGAGUCUGGUGGAGUCUUCCUCGCCCUCACUGCUGGGUCACCCGAGCUCCUCAUCAGCCCAUCAUCAUCAUCAUCACAGGGAGGAAGGAGAUGAUGAUAGUGAAGAUCUCACGACCCGAGCACAUCACGUCCAGAGAGUCCCACGCGGCUCGAAGCAGAAAGACCGACACGGCCAUCGACACCCGAGACCCCAUCCCGACCCGGACGGGUUCUUCACAACACCCAGAACUUUCAACGGGUCGCUGCGCGUGCACAACCCGUUAUACCCUAUGACGGAGGAGUCGUACAGCGCGUACGCGGUGAUGCUGCUGGCGCUUAUCGUGUUCUCAGUGGGUAUCGUGGGGAAUCUCGCGCUCAUGUGUAUCGUCUGGCACAAUUAUUACCUGAAGAACACGUGGAACUGUGUGCUGGCCAGUCUGGCCCUGUGGGACUUCAUGGUUCUGUUCUUCUGUCUGCCUGUGGUGAUCUUUAACGAGCUGACCAAGAGAAGACUUAUGGGUGAUCUCUCAUGCAGAAUAGUGCCAUACGUGGAGGUGACAUCACUCGGUGUGACCACGUUCUCUCUGUGCGCUCUCAGCAUCGAUCGUUUCCACACGGUGACCAGCGUCCAGCCCCGUCCACGGCAGAUCGAGCCCUGUCAGUCUAUCCUGGCCAAACUGUCUGUGAUCUGGAUCGGGUCUCUGGUCCUGGCGGCUCCAGAGCUGCUGAUGUGGCAGCUGGUACAGGAAGUCUCUCCUCGGACGGGUCUUCCGGUGGAUUCCUGCAGUCAAGAGCCGUCUGUGAACCUACCUGAGAUGCUGUACUCUCUCGUGCUGACGUACCAUCAGGCCAGAAUGUGGUGGACUUUCGGCUGUUUCUUCUGUUUGCCUCUGCUCUUCACCGCCGCCUGUCAGCUGCUCACGCGACACGUGACGGAUGAAAACGCCAAAACCAAGCAUGCACGACCAUCAUCAACCUCCUCUUCAUCCACAUCAUCGUCAUCAUCUCCAAAAAAACAGCAGCAGCGACGUGAGCGCCAGAUGAUGCGUACGGUAGUGACGUUGGCGGCCGUGUACGCUGCGUGCAGUUUACCAGAAAACGCUUGGAAUAUCGUGCUAGCCUCCGCAGGCAUCGAAGUGGGCGUGGCCACGCGGGCGUUACUAGCUCUCAUUGGUCAGUUCCUGUUGUUUGUGCGUGCAGGUGCCACGCCCGUUUUGCUGUUGUGUCUCUGUCGAUCUCUUGGACGUGGUUUCAUGGACUGUUGCUGCUGUUGUUGCGAUGAAUGCACGCCUGACCCAUCAUCUUCAUCAACAGCAUCAUCUGGUACCACCAACGCUACGGCCGUAUCAUCCUUGCCUUCCUCUCCUGUGUCCGUCAGGGAGGAUAAGCUGAAGAUCGUUUCAGGAGCAAUGUUUUUUGAUAAAGUUAAGGACGGUCCUGCCGAGUUGAUCAUCGGUACACCAUGCUGAACGUACCAGAACUUUCUUCUGAUCAGAAGCUGCUGGGCUCCAGUACUAAAUCAGUGAUCAUUUAUCCAAACUGUGAAUGAUUUAAGCUCCACAGCUAACAUUGUGACAGAAUAGUUCACCCACUUCUGUGGAAAAUCAUUAUUAGUUGGGAUGCACCAACAUAUCGGUCUAUAAUCGGUAGAUAAACACGAAUUUUUCCACUAAGUUUUAAAUUGAAGCUUGUACACUCUGCACUUCUAGGAUUUCAGAGCAUAAGAAUGUAAACAAAGAGUAAAAGGAAAACUAUUGAUAUGUGUCGAUACUGGUAGAUGCCAUUCUAAUUGUGCGUUCACACCAGACGCAAAUGAAGCGAAUAAAUCGCGCUUUUCGCACGUAAUUGGACACUUGAACAUUUUGACUUGUCUAUCGCAUCUUUGCAUUGACUUUGCAUUGAAUAUAAAUCAUUCGCGCUUAACGCUUCAUUCUCAUUUGGUGUGAACGCUUCAUAAGUAAUCGGUAUCGGCACAGAUAUAUUGUUGAGGUGCAUCUUUAAUUAUUACAGUAACUCAUGGUCUAUAUUCAUGAUCAGAAUACUCUUUGUGUCUGCUACUGGCCGAUCAGAUCCUGGUCCAAACCCAUAUUGAGUCAGUGUUAGGAAAUCAAUACACACUUUAUACAUAUCUAUACAUACAGUCAAACCAAAAAUGAUUCAGAAACCAGAUAACAUUUUUUAUAUUUUUUUACUAGUGGGUGCAGGUAAGCAUAUUAUACGCAAAAAAAUUCUUCAUACCAGCAAAACUGAUAAAAAUUUGGCUUGACCAUGUUUUGCUUGAGUGUUUUGCUAAUGCAACCUUUUUACACCACAGACUGAACAAAAUUAAGGAUUGCUUGGUUGCCCUAAAUUGUGUACUUGUAUCUAACACAUAUAUUCAACCUUCUUUAAUUUAUUCAGUCGAGAUGGUCAAAACCAGUCAAAUAUCAAAAGAGAUCAUGUCACCAUUAUAUAAACUAUAGCGAAUAAACUGUGAUAAUGUGAGAAAUGUUGAAGGUGUCUGAAUAAAUUUUGGUUCGACUGUAUAUUGUCUAUACAUAUAUUAAGCUGCAAUAUGAAUAUAAAUAUCCUGGGAGUGUAUAAAUAUUCUACAUAACCUACAUUUCACUGCAAGUUGUAUCACUGUGCGUAUGAAAAAUAAACACUUGAACUUAAUUUUAAUAUCCAUAAAUUUAUGUACAGCAUUUAUAUUGUGUGAAAUAUAAGGUAGACGUUUAUUUCUGGUUAUACCACGGGCUGUUGAAUGCUUUAUUCUGAUUGGUUGAGAAAUGUUUCACAGGUGUUUAUAGAUUAUUUUUCUAUAAACGCACACCUGAUCUGUCAAAUGUCUUUUAAUAACCACCAGAGCAAUGUUUUUGGUAACUGUGGUUUAAGAGGAAUAAUUGACUCUGGUCCUUUGAAUUAUUUUACAAUAAUGCACACUCACGCUGUAACUCCACUUUACGUCGUGCCGCUUUAUCACCUUGUCUGUGCAUUAUUUUCUAAUAAUUCAACGGCCCGUCGUCAAUGUAACGUGUAAAGUAUUUGAAAUGUCCAUGUUUAUAAUAAAAACAAAGCUUUGUAUUUUGUACGAAUACAUAAAACUCAACAAUUGUAACUAGGUGUAAAUGUAUUUGUUUUGUAUUAAUAACUAAUAGUUUGUUUAUGUGUAAAUAUUGUACUGCUGGAUGGACAGUCAAGCAAACUUGAAAACAUUUCAAUGCAUUUUUUCUGCACUUAUUUUCGUCUUAUUAUUCAAUCGUAUGUUGUUUUUAAAGAACAUGUCUAGAGAAUAUGGAUUGAGAAACGGCCUCUUCAGAUGAACUUUUAUGGCUGAGAACAUGAUUUCUGGAUGAUGAUUAUUAUCAGACACACAUAUCAAAGACUGUCUGACUCUCUGUCUGAUGUCAAUCUGCUGACCUGUGCCAGUUAUAGGAAAAUAAUACACAUAGACUUUAACACAUUAUUUAGAGUAUGAUUAUUAUAAUAGCUAAUGAAGAUGAUGUAGCUGAACAGAUCAGAUCAGAUUUUUUUGUAUCUUUUAUACUUGGUCGCAUUCAGCCAAUAAAAGAGUUUGAAAUCUUUUA